CCACGUGUGCGGAAGUAAUCUUCCCGACCCGGCCCACAUGGUGAAAAUGGCUGCCGAGGGCGAGAAACAACAAGGCCACAGAGCUGGCGUCUACAAGCAGAAGAACAAAGGCCACAAACAUGGCAGGCAUCGCACGAAAGGCGAAAUUGAGAGGGAACAUAAAGGCAGGGUAUCUGUGAUCGCCCUCACUAAAAAACAAAGAAAAGAGCAAAGGAAGAUUGACAGAAGGAACAAAGCCAAUCAACUCCGCAGGAACAAGAGAGACAUGGUUCUAACAGAGAAACGGCGUUUAGGCAGCAGGGAAGGUCCUCCUCAUCUGGUUGCUGUGCUGUCGCUGCAUGCUGGAGUCGACCCCAGCGUUGUUACCAAACUGCUCCGCCGCGAAGAGGCAGGAGGAGUCGUACAUCAGGAGAAGUGCAUCAGUGGCGUCGCUGACAGUUUUGGGCUGGCCGUGCCUCGUUUUAAACAAAGGUUCACCUUUCUAAAUGCCAACACAGGUGAUAUCCAUUCGCUGCUGGAUGUAGCAAAGAUGGCAGACAGCCUUGUAUUUGUGCUGGAUCCCGCUGAAGGGUGGGACAACUAUGGAGAGUACUGUCUCUCCUGUCUUUUUGCCCAGGGCCUCCCGAGCCAUGCGCUCGUUUGUCAGGGCGUGUCCGACCUCACCAUGAAGAAGAAAGUGGAGUACCGGAGGGUGCUGUCCAAGAUCACCGAGCUGCGUUUUCCUGAGGCACGUCUCUUCCCUCUGGACACAGAUCAGGAUGCCACUCUGCUGCUCAGACAUUUGGGCACUCAGAGGCAAAGAAAGUUAGGCUUCCGCUCCAGACGUUCCCAUCUUGUGGCUCAGUGUGUCACUUUUGCCCCCAACCACACGAACGAGGGCACGCCGAGUGGACCCGCUGGUCUUGGCACCCUAUGUGUCUCCGGAUAUGUCCGUGGGCGGCCUCUUCAAGUGGACAGACUGGUGCACAUCAGUGGACACGGAGACUUUCAGCUGAGUCAGAUCGACGCUCUAAAGGACCCUCUGCCCAUAAACACAACUGCACCCAGACCAGCCAAGUCUCACAAAGGAGACGCUGACAUGCAGGACGGUGAUGACAUGGAGGCGCCUGUGCGGGUUCUAAUGAAAGCAGACCCAACUUGCAGGGAGAGCCUGCAGACUGAGGCUGAGGUGGACCCCAUGGACGGAGAGCAGACCUGGCCCACAGAGUCGGAGCUGCUGGAGGCCGAAGAAGGGAGAAAGAGCAAACGAGUGAUGAAAGUCCCAAAAGGAACGUCUGACUACCAGGCGGCAUGGAUUGUUAAUGAAGACGACAACAAUGGUUCACUGGAUGAAGAAAGCAGUGAAGAAGAAGAUGAUGAUGACGAUAUGAUGGAUGAAGCACCUGAUGGAAGAGACGGUGACUUCCAGGAUGCUGGUUCAGACAUUGCCUCAGAAGAGGAGGGUGAAGAUGAGGAGGAGGAAGAAGAAGAAGAAGAAGUAGUAGUGUCCUCAAAGGAGCGCCCCGGAGCUGAUCAGUGUUACGAUGAGGACAUGGAUGAGGCAGCGGAAGUCGAAGGUCUCCAGCGCCACCGCGAUGCUCGGGCCAAUGAGCUGUUCCCGGACGAGGUGGACACGCCCCUUGACACAGCUGCAAGAAACAGAUUCCAGCGCUACAGGGGCCUCAAAAGCUUCCGAUCCUCCCCCUGGGAUCCGAUGGAGAACCUACCUUACAACUAUUCACGCAUCUUCCAGUUCCAGAACUUUGAACGCACCCGCCGCCGAGUACUGGCUGAAGCUGCUGAAGAGGAGGAGGGCGCCAUGGUGGGCUGGUACGUCACGCUGCAUGUGGUGGAUGUGCCACACUCUGUGAUGGAGAGCGCGCAGGCAGGGAAACCGCUAGUUUUGGUCUCUCUUCUCCCCCAUGAGCAGAAGAUGUCCGUAAUGCACCUUUUGGUGAGGAGACAUCCCAGCAACACCGAGCCCAUUAAAUCAAAAGAAGAGCUGGUGUUCCACUGUGGUUUUCGGAGGUUUCGGGCUUCUCCCAUCUUCUCUCAGCACACCUCAGCCGACAAGCACAAGAUGGAGCGCUUCCUCCGGCCAGAUGCCCCCACGGUCGUGUCUGUGUACGCGCCUAUCACCUUCCCCCCCACGGGAGUCCUGCUCUUUAAGCAGAGGAACGAUGGCGUCCAGGACUUGGUGGCGACGGGCAGUCUUCUCAGUUGUGACCCUCGGCGUAUUACUCUUAAAAGGAUUGUGCUGAGCGGACACCCGUUCAAAAUUAACCGGCGCUCGGCUGUCGUCCGUUACAUGUUUUUUAACAGGGAUGACAUCAUGUGGUUUAAGCCUGUAGAGCUGCGGACUAAGUGGGGUCGGAGAGGUCACAUCAAGGAAGCUCUCGGAACUCACGGGCACAUGAAGUGUGUUUUUGACAGUCAGCUGCGCUCCCAAGACACAGUUCUGAUGAACUUGUACAAGAGAGUUUAUCCUCGCUGGUCCUAUGACCCCUACGUGCCCUUGUCCCUGCCCUGGUUUAAAAGAGAGACUGUGAUAGAUGAGCGGGACUUGGACAUGGAGUAAUAGUGGAGGUAAAACAUUGAUGACGACUCUAAACAUUGUUGCAGGUGUUAGAAAUGACAACAUCUUGCCUGCUAUUGCAGUGUUGGCCACUAAAGGGCAGCAUUGUGUAAAUGUCACAUGUGGAUAGUCAAACUGGAGUCCUCAAUGACAUUGUUCAAGUAGUGUCAAAAUUAAACAUAAUGAUCCAAAUAUAAAUAUUUUAUGAAAACAUGUAAA